AUGUCACAUACAUUACUUCGUAUGCCAAACCUUGAAAUUUUGGAGUUAAAGAAUGAUAGCAUAACGUUUGUGUUGUCAAAUACAGAUAUUAGUGUGGCCAAUGCAUUGCGUCGUAUUAUGAUUGCAGAGGUGCCAACGAUGGCAAUCGAUUUGGUCGAGUUUCAAACAAAUACAUCGGUGCUGUGCGACGAGUUUAUCGCCCAUCGUCUCGGGCUCAUCCCAUUGACGAGUCACAAGGUCGAGUCGUUCAACUACACACGUGAAUGUUCGUGUACCGAACGUUGCACCGAAUGCAGCGUCGAGUUUAACCUCAAUGUAAAGUGUUUGGACAGAGCACUCGAAGUCACUUCAUCAGACUUGCAAUCACAAAACGACAAUGUCUUUCCCGUGUCGGCGAGCGACAAUGUCUACGGCAACACAUCGGGUGCCAUCCCCAUCGUCCGUCUCCGCAAGGGUCAGGAAGUCAAACUCAAAGCAAUCGCAAAGAAGGGUGUUGGAAAAGAACACGCCAAAUGGAUUCCAACCUGUAUCGCCACCUACCAAUUCCAACCAAAGAUUGUUGUAAAUCAAAAUAGAUUCGAUGAAUUAAGUGAUCGACAAAAAGAUGAAUGGAUUUCAAGUUGUCCAACCAAUGUAUUUAAAUAUAAUCCAAAUUCAAUGCAACAAGUAACGACCGAUGACCUUAAAUGUAUGUUUUGUCAAGAGUGUGUAAAGAAGUCUGAAGCACUUGGCAAACCCGAUCUUGUCUCGGUAGAACAGAAACAAGACCGAUUUAUUUUUACCGUAGAGACUAGUGGAGCCCUCAGACCAGAAGAAAUAGUCCUGGCUGGAAUUCAAAUCAUAAAGGAAAAAUUAAUACGUAUUCAAACUCAAAUUCAAAAAGGUUUAUAA